ACCGACUAACAACAUAAUUUAUUUUAAUCUAUAAGAAAUACAUUUUUUGUACUAUUAGUUAGUACCAUAAAUAAAUAAAUAAAUAAAAGUAGCCGCUCCAUUUUAGUUCGUACAUACAUUUUGUUCUUCUAUAUAUCCUACUCUGUUUCCCCUGCUUUCUUCCAACUCAAAACUUCCCACUUCUCCUGGCGCACGUUAACCCGAGAUAGACCGCGAUAGCCGCCCCCGGCGCAUUUUAUCACAAUGUCUCCGAAUCUGCUAGCUUUCACCGCCCUGAUCUGCCUCGCCGCCGCCGGCGUCUCCGGUCAAUCUCCGCCCGUUCCUCCGACGUCCACCCCGGCUCCGCCUACUCCUCCGACGCCCACCACCGCCCCUCCCGCCAACUCAUCCCCGCCCCCCGCGACACAAACUCCUCCGGCGACCUCGUCUCCGCCUCCGGCGACCCAAACGCCCCCGACUUCGACGCCGCCUCCCGCAACCACCACGCCGCCCCCCGCCGCCACGUCCCCACCUCCGGCGGUCACGUCCCCGCCGGCCUCGACGCCGCCGCCCACCCCAACGCCGCCGGCGUCCCCGCCUCCCGUUAGCUCGCCGCCGCCCGCGAGCCCACCGCCGGCUCAGUCUCCGCCGCCGCCGGUGCUGUCUCCUCCCCCUCCGGCCCCAACUCCGCCGCCGCCGGCUGCUCCGACGCCCUCCCCACUAGCAUCGCCGCCGGCCACCGUCCCGUCUCCGGCAGCGUCGCCCCCGAUGUCCGCGUCGCCAUCUCCGUCUCUCUCAAGCCCUCCGGCUCCGCCGACUGGAUCUCCGGCAGAAAGUCCACUGGGUCUUGCACCGGCUGGCACCGAUCAGAGUGGAGCAAAUACACAGUGGGCCUCGCCUAAGAUCUUUGGUAGCUUUAUUAUGGGAUGGGCUUUCCUCUACUUGCUACUUUAAUGGUUCUGUAUGGGCUUUACACUUUGGAGACCCGGCCCAUUUAUAAUAUCUAUUGGCUGCAUUUUUAGGGCAUAGGAUAUUGGACUUUUUUGUGGCUUGCACUUGAUUUAUACAUUGAUUUGGAUUCUUUUGGGAGCUUAUUUUUGUAUUUGAAACUCCACUAGGAGUGAGUUGUUUUCAUGAGAUUAUUAUCAUAGCUACUUAUUAUUUGUUGAUAUUGUUUCUUGUUAUUUUACCGUGUAUUUCAUUUACUAACGAGGUUAACAUAAUGUUGUUUUACACGUUUGC